AUGAGUUCCGACAAAAGGGAUGCUUCUAUUGUUUGCAUCAUGAAUCACUGCGAGGAUGAGCCCUCCAUGCCUAAUUCUUCUGACAUUGAGAUACGCAUACCUAGAAUGAUUUCAAAUACUUCUUCAAUGUUGAAAGGGGUUCAUACUAGUGAUGUUGUGUCCGGCGGGGUCGAUUCGGCUGGUGAUAUCACGAUCUCUUCUUAUACCGUUAGGACAGAAGAAGAUAUGCGAUCGACCGGUGUUUUUCUUCAAACGACGACUGAAGCCCCCACUUCUUCUUUAUCACUGGGACAGGUUAUUGAAACGAAUACUACGGAUAAAUAUGGUUUACAGAGCAUCAUCCGACGUCCUACUAAAACGUUGAACACCUCCGCGGCGCAAUAUUCGAGCCUUGUGACGCGAAAUACAUUGAAUCUGCCGCAGCUUCUUAGUCUUGAAUCGAUUUUCUCCAACAGUGCUCAUCCUCACACAGGGGAUACUACAUCACUUGCUAAGCCGACACUGGAUCCAGCCAGCGUGCGCUGGUGUCCCCCAGAUCAAUGGGUACCUGAUGCGCACGUCGUUAAUUGUAUGGCUCCUGAUUGCAAAAUGUCCUUUUCCAUUUUUACUCAUAAGGAACACUGCAAGCUCUGCGGAAGGGUUUUUUGCUCUUCAUGCUGUACCAACGAGGUUGGAGUCCUCAAAGACGGAUCCCCCUGCCCAAGCCACAGCCGCAAUGCCAGUGAAAACAUGAAAGGAUCUGACCCGUUGGCUAGUAAUGGCUUUCAUCAUCCCAGGAACCAUUCCUAUGUGUUGAGUGAAAUAGAUGGUACUCUGCCAAUGGUAUUCACACAUUCAACGCAAUUUGCAUCAACAGGAUCUAUGAACUGUAUUGCAGCCCACGCUUCCGUGUGUAAUGCCGCUUCGAUUUCUACAAAUCUCGAACCCACCUCGUCGUGCGCUGUCAUCGGGGACAAUGCGGGCCCCCUUAGCACUUCACUACCGAAGACCUCCAAAGUGGUAAUAUACCGUGUGUGUAAUGAAUGCUUCUAUGAGACUCAACUUGUCAUUUCGACGCGGGGGGAGGACGGCAGACUGCGUCGGAAAUGUCGUGGUCAGAUGAAGUUGUUUCAGCGAGUUCUUUUAGUAAACAUUUUAAGCUUUCUCCCUCUGCGUGAUUUGCUCGAGACAGCGCUCAUAUCGUCGGAGUUCUACUUCAUGUCAAGGGAAAACGUAAUAUGGUACCAGUACAAUACUGCGCGGUGGCUCAAGGAGACGGAAAAUCCACAUUUUUCAUUCACUGGAGAUACAAAUCACAUGCUGACCGUUGCCGCGGCGAACUCUGGCUCAUUGGCAAGCCGGAAUCAGUAUUGGUUAUCCGCCCAUGACAGUUACUAUAGAGUGGCCUCAUCACCAUCGUCAUCAACACUAACUAUAGCACUUGAUGGUGGCACCGCGAGCGUUGUGGAGGGAUCGGUAAAUUAUCCAAGGGUUCCUGUUCUUGAGGAUGCUACAGCCUUAACACAGGGUGAAGCAUUCAAGCGUGUGAUCUCUCACCACGCGCGAUACAACUACACCCAGUUCCUGGAUUUUGCAAGACGACAAGAAAUGGCACGAUGUGAAGGUCUGGCAUGGUUUUCAGUGGCCUCCCGCGUGCUAUUAUCAAGUCCCAUUAGAGUAGCCCUUAUUGGGCCUUCAGGCGUCGGGAAGACUACCAGUCUGCGUGCCUUCUUAAAGGAAAAUAAACAAGGGAGCACAGUCCACUCGACGAUGGGUUUCACGCGGUACAAAGUGACCUUAUGGAUGAGCAGCGAGUCCAAAGUUGGUGUGAACAUGGAGAUCUACGACCUGAGCGGCAAUGAACGGUACGAGGCUCUGCGUCGAUUCAUCUGCAGUCAGUGCCAUGUUAUUGGGCUAUGUUACAAUCCCUGCCGCAAAGUGACACUGGUACAGGCUGCGGAUGUGAUGAUGGGGGUUGAGCCAACUCUUGGACCGCAGCCGGUUGUUGUGUGCGGGUUAAUUCCCUCAGCGGAGAGUUAUAUGGCGGGUGUGAAUAGCACAUCACCAAAAGAUGUAUGUAAUGGGUUCAAUGCUACUCUUCAAAAUCUACAUGUUUCUCAAACUCCACAUCAGAAGCGUUCAACCACGCUGCCCACUGUUUCAUCUUCGACGCCAGGAACCGCAUUGUCGGAAACCUAUGCAGGUUUUCAAGGGUCAACGAUCGCGUUGGCCACCCUAUCAGGUGAUGCGGCCUCUGCCCCUCUGAGGUCAAUUCAUUCAGUGCACGAUGCUACAAAGUGUGGUCUUGAGGACGUCCCUAGCCUGCAAAGUGAAAGACCAACACUCCACAAAAACAACUUCUCCGUCGAGGUAUCAGAGGAGGAUGCCGCGGGUAUCACCGUGCGUGAUGGCGGCUCUUUGCAUUGUCUGAUUCAUCAAACACAUGCAUUCUAUGACCGUCUGGUUUACUCUCUGAUCGAUCGUUUGUCUUUGGCCGUCAUGGCUAACCGAACAAGCAUAGCCGACCUUACCGAGUACUCUGAAGAAAGCGAACCCUGCAGAUUUGGUGGCGCUCCGGUGUCCGAUUUAUCGCGCUCUUUCGCGAAGCGGGAUCCGAAAGUAGACAAGGCCAUUGCGGAAGGGCUGCUAAGGUUGACAAUGCAACCUUCCACACUGAACGUACUACUGGAUCGUUAA